ACAGCAAUGUUAAAAGUUUAAUUGCUCACCGUCAAACCCGGUGACAGUAGUCGACAAUGGUUUGACGAAAGGACAUGAGCUCACUGUGCUGGCUGAAAAAUCACAUUGGAUUUGGCAUGCAGUGGACGAAUAGGAAAUGGGUGAAUACGGGAAAGGAAAAAAAAAGUAGUCUACUGAGUUUGAAGCGCUGCUUUUUUAUUUCCACGUGGUUUUGACGCUGGGUGCUAAGCAACGCAGACUAGGGGCUGGUAUUAUAAGAGAAAGGAGUGGUGGUAGCAGCAGAUAGGGGAAGCGCCCCGCUGACAGAGGCACAGGCAAAUGUGAUUACCGCGCUAUUAGUCCCAUGCGAGACACGGAUCCAGAUCCAACAUGGGUAAUUAUAUAGCAAGGGCCUUCAUAAAAGCGUAGCUCGUCCAUUUAGUAACGUGUCCUGAAACAAGCUGCUUUGUCGACCAGCGUAAAAAAACUAAGUCAUGAAACUGCUCGCCAAUAUUUGUUGGCUUAUCAAAGGACUUCUGUGACAGUCAGAAAGAAUCCUCAAGGGGAAGCAAGGCGAUCUCUCAAAUGGGGUCUGACAACGUGACUAACGAAACUUUGCUUGGAGGCCUUCCGUACAGGAUGGAAAUCUCAAUUCCCCUUACGAUACUCGUGGGGAUUCUUAUCCUCUUAACAGUAUUUGGCAAUGUCCUUGUAAUUAUAGCAGUGUUUACAAGCCGGGGCUUAAAAGCCCCACAGAACUUAUUUUUAGUUUCCUUAGCGUCCGCUGACAUUCUGGUGGCCACACUGGUCAUGCCAUUUUCUCUGGCCAAUGAACUAAUGGGCUAUUGGUACUUUGGUAAAGUUUGGUGUGAAAUUUACCUUGCCCUGGACGUUUUGUUUUGCACUGCAUCUAUUGCCCAUCUAUGCGCCAUCAGCCUGGACCGGUACUGGUCCAUCACUAAAGCCAUCGAGUACAACCUCAAACGAACUCCCAAGAGGAUAAAAUGCAUUAUCGUUAUAGUUUGGGUCAUCGCUGCAGUUAUAUCAUUCCCUCCUUUGAUUACGAUGGAGAAAGAGGGUGCCAAGGAGGAGGGUCCAACGUGUGAAAUCAACAAAGACAAAUGGUACAUAAUAUCUUCGUGCAUUGGUUCAUUUUUUGUCCCUUGCAUCAUCAUGAUUCUCGUUUACAUUCGAAUUUAUCAAAUUGCAAAGAAGAGAACGCGGACCCCUCCGGGAAAGAGGAAAAAAACAGAAGCAGACAAGAAACACAAUGGCUUAGAGGAAGAACAACGCUUUCACGAAAAAUUAACCGGGGAAAAGGACGUAGAGCAGAAAGAAAAGGUUGAGAAAGCUGAAGUAAAUGGAGUUGACAUAGAGGAGUCCUCUUCUUCAGACCAUAAUGUGAACACCCCAUGUUCGAUGAAAAAGAAGAAAGCGGAGAGCAAGACAAAACUCAGUCGAAUCAAACCGGGAGACAAUAUUCCGAAAAGAGAGGACCGUUUGAGUGCUAAAGGAUCCAGAUGGAAAGGACGCCAAAACAGGGAAAAACGAUUCACUUUCGUGCUUGCAGUGGUGAUAGGAGUUUUUGUAAUAUGCUGGUUUCCGUUUUUCUUCACUUAUACACUGACAGCCAUAUGUGACUCGUGCAACGUACCCCUAACACUGUUUAAGUUUUUCUUCUGGUUUGGGUACUGCAACAGCUCCCUGAACCCCAUAAUAUACACAAUAUUUAACAAUGAUUUUAGGAGGGCUUUUAAAAAGAUACUUUGUAAAGGUGAGAAAAAACAAAUUGUUUGAGAACUGUCUCUGCAAGGACAAAUUUUACAAUUCAUUGUGUGUGUUGAUCACGUAUGUAACUGUAAUUAGCUUACACAGCAAAAAAGGUUCAGUUAAUUCAACUUUAACAGAGUUAUUGAGCGCAGUAGGGAUCAAACAAACUUUAUCUGCGAAAACUGUAUUCCAUCAGAAUUCAUUUAACACAAUGUAGUUUACUAUGUACUGUUUUCCAUCCUAUUUUGCAAGUGAGUUAACGUGCAUACCAGUGCUAAGUGCACAGUCAUUUUAUAUAAUGUAUUGAGAAAUGUAUACACCUGUGCCAACUGGGGAAAGAUUUUCGAUUAAAAAAAAUGACAUCAUGCAUAUAUUUUAUUCUGUCAUGUAAUUGUUUAAGGCUAUAGCCUAGUAUAUUACGUCAGUGAUGAUAAAUAUUCCACAGAUGUGUGGUUAUUGUUAUUUAUAUUUAUGGAUGUAUAACCCUGAUAUCGUCAUUUAUUGCGUGCAUUUUUUCAAAACGUGUCGGUAUUUUGUCAUGUUUAACAUGAUGUUUUCAAAACUGCAACAUUGAACAGAAACGUGUGGUAUGUAAAUGAUUUAAUAAAUGCAUUUUUCACAUCAGCUUGGAUUGUAUAAAUUAGGUAGCGGGACAGGACAUGGCCUUUAGACUUCUUGGUUCAGUGGGACAUUUGAUUAACAGGAAUACGGCAUGUUGAAAUGAAUUCAGUAACAAAACAAAUAUUUUUAUAUCAUACAAUAUCGACUGGCUGUCUGACUGAAUUUACCAGACAAGACUAUGCUAAGCAUUCCAAAUAUGCAAGCAAAACAAUAAACAAAAACAGAAUAAUUACGCAUUGAGGCCAUAUAUAUAUUAUUAUGUUGGAAGGUUUUUUAAAAAAAUGUGUGAGCUCGUAGAUGAAUAACUGUAAGUUCUUUAAGGACAUUGUUUGAUUAUACAUAUUCUUUAUCAAGGUAGAGAUAAAAAAAGUUGCUGCAACCCAGAAAUUAAACAGCAUUAUUUGUACGGCCUAGGCUGAAUGGCUUUGUUUUCUGCCGCAGUCUUAACAUUGGUUUUGUUUUGACAUGAAAGAUUAAUUUAAUCAGUUCUAAAAGUGUUUGGUCACCUUUAUGGUCAACAUACUUGUUAUUGUUCCCCCAUAGUCAAUGGAUCAUUUAGAUUUCUUUGAAGAUAUGCCCAAACCAGAAUUGCAGACUUGCUAAACUCAGUCUCUCUGCUGAGAAUGAGUAGAUUUUUCUUGAACGUAAUGUUUGUGCAUUCAGAAGGAACUUGAGACCUUAUUAAAAUACUGCACAAGUCAACAUACAGUGUGAAUAAACAAUUGUAAAUACUUUUUUUUUUUUUUAAUCUUGGAUUCCUAAUUAAAAUCAUGAAAUGCUAUGACAAAGCCUGCUCAACUACCAGGCUGGAUAAGCAAUGGUAAGUUUUCAUUCAAAACAAGUGGGUUGCCACUGUGGUCAGUUGCUAUUGCCUGUAAGGUAUAAUGUGCACACACACAAGGAAUGCUGGGCUAGCAAGUUGUGCAUCUGUUACCAGACAUAUCAGAAGAUGAGUAGGGAAACAAAUGUAUGUGUUUUAUUCUUUGGCCUGAGAUUCACCUUCAUGUUGAACAAACUACUGUAAAUUAAAAGUGCACUCAUUCUGUUGCAUUAGUAUCCUUAUUUCAAAGAAUACUUAUUGUUUUGCCAGUUCAAUACCUAAAAGACUUUCUCUCUGAAUACUGAUAUGUUGGCCUUAAGUCAAAUUACUCUUGAAUGUGAUGGUUCCCAAGUUCAGUUUCUAAACAUAGUUGCUGCAAUAUAGACUACUUCUUUUUCACCAGAAUAAUGAGUAUAGGGGGGAUUCCCACGGCAGUACCCGAUGAUUACAUUCUACAAAUGUGGACAAGCAAUGUUUUUGACAGAAGCCUACAGAGAGAUCAAGGUUUUAUGUACCUCAAAAUGGGCGGAGCAAUUGUGUUUUAAGUGACUCACUGACAAAUCAUGGUGUUUUAUUACCAUGAACACAGUUAUUUUAUUGGAACAUAUUAGUGAUUGACAGCUCAUGUCCACUGACUAAGGGUUUCACGGAGCAUCACUCUCCCAUGACUAAUAAACGGAAGGUUAUUUCUUUUAGUCAGCAUUCUGCAUUGGUAUUUAUGUUUUAUCCUUUAUUACAAGUCUCAGAUAUCCUUUCUUUUAUUCUAUUAACACCUAGGCUGGCACUGUACCAUUUACUUGUAUUUCUUGGGAACAGUGUUCAUUGCAGGGUUUGUCAGAUAGGUGAUACAUUAAGUGAACCAUGAAAAUGUGCUUGCUGAUAACCUUAGGAGGUGACUAUUUCCACUUCUCUUAAAAAAAGACAAAUGUUUCACUUUAAAUUCUGGGGAUUAAAAAAUACUUGUAAAUAGAUUGAUAUGUAUCUAUUACCUAUCUAAAUAUGCUACUUACCUAUUCUGUUUCAGGCUUAUUUCAUACUGGAAAAAAGAAGGCUACUAUAUAUAUGUAAAUUAAACGUUUUUAUUUUCCCUCAAAAACAUUGGACAUUUAAAUUUAGGCAAAGUUUGUCAUGGUAAAUGCAGACCAGGUCAGAUAAGAACAUUAAUAUUGUAUUCAGUGCUUUAGAUUUGUGGGGUUAGAGGCAACAUAUAUCUAAGGAAGGUAUUCAGCAAAGCUCAUGCCUGUAAAAAACUGCCAAAAUCGUGUACCUUGCAUGGAGGUUAGAGAAGGCCCAUUAUUGCUGUCAGCUUGUCUGUGUGUGGCAGUUUAUACAUGAUAAAAUCAUAUCCAUCCAUGCAGCUCAGUGGUCCCUAUAGUCUCUCGACCAAAGGUGAGUCAAUUUGUAGAAUGUUUGGCUGCAAUUAUUUAAAAUGAUCUUGAUUCCACUGUAAGAAAGCACAAUGCUCUUGGCAACCUGAAAUGGUUCAUGUAUUUCACCUCAAAGGAUGAUAGACCCUUCAAUGUUUUAUCUUCAUUCUGGAAAUAGACCCUUAUUCAGGUCAGCUAGCCAAAAAUGUAUAUGUUUUGAAGUAUCCCCAAGGUUGAUUUGACAACUAGAGCAGCACACCAAAAAUUAUGAGAUCUAGUCCUCAGGCUGCUUUUAUUAUGCAUUUCUUCCACAACAUUACAAUUUAUGUUGUAUCCUUAUAUUAAGGGCCCAAUGCAUGAAUGUAUUAUGAUGAAAGGGAAAUGAUGCAACUCACAAGAAGCGAUAUUAUAAAUUUUAAUUCAAAUAAAAUUACAUCUCAAAACAGUUAGAUACAUUAAGCAAUGUUAAGAAUCAGAGACCAGAACUGUUAUUUCCCCCCUGUACCAACUGUAAAGAGUCAGGUACUGGAUCUAAGGAGGUUGGCAGCUAUGCUUUAGGCCAGAUGUACUGUUGUGUUUGAUGCCCCUGAGAUGCCUGGAAACAAACAAACAAGCAAACAAACAAACAAAACAGGUGCAGGGUUUAGUGGUGUGUUUAAUUAAUUUUCUUUAUUCAAUAAAGAUGAAAUGUGGGGAAUGGGAUUCGGAGCUCUCUGGGAUUCACAGGAAUCACACUACCAUAAUAAAUGAAUGAAUAGAUAAAUAAAUAAAUAAAUAAAUAAAACUCAUGCUGUCUCUGAACUAUUUGGAUUCCCCAGGUUUUGAACAAAAUUGUUUAACUAUAAAUGAAUGCAUUUUAGUGAAAUGUUUGACACUUGAAAAUGUUAAAGUAAUUAUGUUUUAUAAAAAAAUCAAUUUUGCUUUCAGAACUGUGUUUUCGCAAGAACCAUUGUAACUGCUGCAUCCCACCAGGUUCAAAGGCUCACUGUCUGUAAGAGUGAUUCUAUACUCAACUAUACUAACUUAACUAACUAUAAAUGCAUGUGUUUUGAUCUUCACAAUAAUUAUUAAUUGCAUUUUUUGUAAUAUGUGCAUACAUAAACAUCUCACCUUGGAAUAGACGUGCAGUGUUGUGCUGAAUGGCCUGUUCUCAUCUUACGUUAUGUCAUGUUAUGUUCUUCAAGGAUUCAUUCUGACCUCAGUGACCCCUUCUUGCUAGCUGUCCUACCUGUACCCAAACUGAACCAAGAUAGAUUGACAUAUGAUGGUAUCUUCACAGUUGUAACUUUGUUGACAGACAUUUACAUAAACACACAUUACAUAUACAUGUAGUGGUUUUCUAGAGACAUUUAACCAGGGGGCACAAGCAUGAGUCAAAAUGUAAAUAGGGAAAUUGGGACUUUUGAAAGUUUAUUUCCUUCCAUUUGUGAGGCCAUAUGUAUUAUCUUAACAUCUGUGACAUAAUUAUACAAAUAAGUGCAAAUAUAAACCCAAAAAUCAAAUGCAAGUAAUCGACCAGUAGAAAAUUAACACUUAGGUGUAUUUCCAUUCUGCAAAAAUAAUGCUGCAAGCCCACUGAUAUUUUUUUGUCUGCAUUUUCAUAAGAGGAGAAUGAGGACGCAUUGACAGAGUAGGAGGUUCCAUUUGCCCGUUCUGUUCUUUAGAGAGAAAAAAAUGUUUGUGGAUAUAUACACAGUCAUAUAUAGUUGUCAUGCUGCACUCCAGAUGUUUAUAUUGGGUUAACAGGUAAUGUAAGCAUUGGUUAUGUAAGCUGACAUGUGGCACUGUGAGGUACGGUGUCCUCCAGAACAAUUAACGCCCUUUAUAAAGAUGAGCAAAGAAAAAUAAAAUUAGGAGCUAUACUGGUUGCCCAAAAAGUUGUAAAAUUAUUUUCUUUUGUACAGAUGCAAUUGCUCAGAGACAAAGAUUUUGUUUAAUAAAGAGUCUUUUUUUUCUGAGAAAGACAUGGAUCACAGCUAUUCACUCCACUAAUAAUCAGUCUGAAUGAAAUACAACACAAUUAAAUCUGCAUUAAAAAAACAAAAGUAAAAAAAAAAAGAAAA